AUGAAGGAGUACACCUCCACUUUGAAGCAGGAGCUAGUUGAAAGGAUUGUUGACAAAAGGAAAAACAAAAAAGGGAAGACAGAGUACCUGGUGCGGUGGAAGGGCUACGACAGUGAGGACGACACAUGGGAACCCGAGCAGCACCUGGUGAACUGCGAGGAGUACAUCCACGACUUCACCCGGCGCCACUCGGAGAAGCAGAAGGAGGGCGCGCUCACCCGGACCAACAGGACCUCUCCCAACAAUGCCAGGAAGCAUUUUUCCAGGUCCACCAACAGCAGCUUCUCCAAGGCCUCCCCGAAGACACUUGUGAUCAGCAAGGACCCGGACUCCAAGAGCAGCACACUGCUGGCUGCCAGCCAGAAGUUCAGGAAGAACACAGCCCCCUCCCUGUCCAGCCGGAAGAACAUGGACCUUGCCAAAUCAGGUAUCAAGAUCCUCGUGCCUAAGAGCCCCAUUAAGAGCAGGACUGCAGUGGAUGGCUUUCCAAACGAGAGCCCUGAGAAACUGGACCCCAUCGAGCAGGGUCCCGAGGACACGGUGGCACCAGAAGUGGCAGCAGAGAAGCCUGUGGGAGCUUUGUUGGGCCCUGGUGCGGAGCGAGCCAGGAUGGGGAGCAGGCCCCGAAUACACCCACUGGCACCCCCGGCGUCAGGCCCGGUGACUGCAGCCAUGGCCACGGGCUUGGCCGUUAAUGGGAAAGGUACGUCUCCGUUCAUGGAUGCGCUCACAGCCAAUGGAACAGCCAACAUACAGACACCUGUUACAGGAGUGACAGCCGGGAAAAGGAAAUUUAUUGACGACAGAAGAGACCAGCCUUUUGACAAGCGGCUGUGUUUCAGUGUGAGGCAAACAGAAAGUGCCUACAGAUACAGAGAUAUUGUCGUCAGGAAGCAGGAUGGCUUCACCCACAUCUUGUUGUCCACAAAAUCAUCAGAGAAUAACUCACUAAAUCCAGAGGUCAUGAAAGAAGUCCAGAGCGCCCUGAACACGGCCGCUGCCGACGACAGCAAGCUGGUGCUGCUCAGCGCAGUGGGCAGCGUCUUCUGCUGUGGGCUCGACUUUAUUUAUUUCAUUCGGCGUCUCACAGAUGACCGGAAAAGAGAAAGCACCAAGAUGGCCGAGGCUAUCAGAAACUUCGUGAAUACUUUCAUUCAGUUUAAGAAGCCUAUCAUUGUAGCAGUAAAUGGCCCAGCCAUUGGUCUAGGAGCCUCCAUAUUGCCUCUUUGCGAUGUGGUUUGGGCUAAUGAAAAGGCUUGGUUUCAAACACCCUAUACUACCUUCGGACAGAGUCCAGACGGCUGCUCGACCGUUAUGUUCCCCAAGAUUAUGGGAGGAGCGUCUGCAAACGAGAUGUUGCUCAGUGGACGGAAACUGACAGCUCAGGAGGCAUGUGGCAAGGGCCUGGUUUCCCAGGUGUUCUGGCCAGGGACCUUCACCCAGGAAGUCAUGGUUCGCAUCAAGGAGCUCGCCUCGUGCAAUCCAGUCGUGCUGGAGGAGUCCAAGGCCCUGGUGCGCUGUAACAUGAGGUUGGAGCUGGAGCAGGCUAACGAGAGGGAGUGUGAGGUGCUGAGGAGGAUCUGGGGCUCGGCACAGGGCAUGGACUCCAUGCUGAAGUACCUGCAGAGGAAGAUCGACGAGUUCUGAGGGCGGCUGCUCAGAGCGGGACAGCCCAUCCUCACGACC